AUGGGGCUUCGUCUCGCGUGCUUAGCGUUUCUCUUGCGCCUCCUGACCGGGGAACGCAUCGCCGAGCUUCUGUUGGACAUCUCGGGCGACGAAACAGAAAGCUUCCUGCAUCGACGUGGUCAUGGCGCACAAGAGCUUGAAAAACUUUCGCAGAUGCGAGUUGGAAGGGUGCAGGAGAUGCAGCUGCAACAAGAUGCCCAGGUUCUGCCGAACUGUUCUGGCGGUGUCGUGGAGCUCGACGGACGCUAUGAGGUGAAGGAAGAGGUCUUCCUGGCUGGGCCGUCGUGCCACGUGACAGGUAGUGCUGAGUUGGUCCUCUCGGCACCAGUGCACUUCCUGGGCAACGCCGUUUUCGCAGCCCAUCUAAAGAUCUCGGCCGUCGCAAGGCCCAUGCCAGGCCCGUGCAUCAGCGUGAAAGGCAACCUGAGCCUCGAGGGCAACGCGAGGCUUAGCUUCGAGAAGUGCGACAGAGGGCUCGAGGACAAAAGCAGCCUGGGCGGUGGUUUGCGAGUCGACGGCGACGCCGAGCUCCGAGACGGCGGCUCGCUGCUCUUCCGCGACUGCGGGGCGGGCCAAGGGGGCGGCCUCUUCCUCACAGGCGCCCUGCGAAAUCGGAAUGCAACCGUCGAGGCGGCAGUGUGCUACGCGGUGGAUGGAGGUGCCAUUUCUGCGGGGCAGAUAGCUGUGUACGGCGGCAACCUGUCCAUCGUCGGUUCAUGGGCACGUAGGAGUGGAGGCGCCAUCUUGUCUAAGAAGACGGUGGUGUCCGGUGGCAACUUGACCCUCACCGAUACUGGGGCUCACGAGGAAGGAGGUGCCAUCUCCACCGCUCAGAUGGCAGUUUCCGGCGGCAGCCUGAACAUCCUCAGAUCCAAGGCUCGUCAAGGAGGUGCCAUCUUUGUUAAGAAGGAGCUUGUGGUGUCCGGUGGCUUUCUGUCCAUCACCGAGUCAUCUUCGCGUAGUAGCGGAGGUGGCAUCUCUACCACGCAGAUGGCCGUGUCUGGCGGCAGCUUGACCGUCCUCCGGCCCGAGGCCUCUAGAUGGGGAGGUGCCAUCUUCGCAAAGAAGAAGAUGGCCGUGACAGGUGGCAGCCUGACCGUCAAGGACUCUUGGGCUGGAGGGAGUGGAGGCUGCAUCUACGCAGACAAUCACAACUUUUCCGGCGGGGUCACGAAGCUUCAGAGCUGCGAAAGUCGCGAGGUUGGAGGUGCUGUGUUCUCCAGAAGCUUCCUGAUGGAGGCUACUGCGGAGCUGGCAAUCAGCAAUUGCACGGCAAGAAAGGGCGGGGGCAUUUUUGCGCGACUUCAAGCCAAAGUCCAGGCCCAGCACUUGCACAUGUCGGGAUGCUCAGCUUCCUUUUACGGCGGCUGCUUCUACCUUGCGGCCGGAGCGCAGUUCCGUGGCCAGCUCUCCCUGCUGAGUUGCUCGGCCGAAAACUUGGGCGGGGCCAUCUGGGCGAAAGGUGCCCUCAGCGCAGAGCUGCUGGACUGCAACAGCUGCACUGCACCGGAGUCCGCAGUUCUGCACAUGGAACACGGCAAUGCCACCUUGGGGGUAGUGACGAUCGCAAGCUCAAGAGUGGUCUCCUCGGUCAUCGGUGCCGGCUCCGGGAAGAAGGUGAUUCUAGUUGAGACGCUGGACUGCCAGCGGGCUUCGAGCUGCACUCUGGCAGCCGAGCACGCGCAGCUGACACGGCUCUUGUGCCCGCGUGGGGAAGGCCGGCAGAUGUUGGGCGAGGCUCUGGAGGGCAUCGAAGGUGCCCAGUGCAGCAAAUGCCCAGCAGGCCGCACCCGCCUCGUCAUGUCAAACGAGGAUGCGACCUGCACCGCCUGCCCUGCAAACGUGAGCGUCUGCACACCGACGGAGUUGAAGCUGCCUCCCGGAUACAUGGUGGACUUCAACCGCAGCGAGGCCAGAAACCUGUCUGCCUGGUUCCGAUGCCCAAGCGAAUUGGCCUGCCGUGGUGGCCACUUGAAUGCGAGCGAUAUCCCAGGCGAGCCACCACAGGAGCUGGUUGCCAUGUGUGAGCGGGGCUACACUGGUCCCGGGUGCACAAGCUGCAUUGAAGGCUAUGCGCGGGCGGACGCUGACAUCCUGCAGUGCGUUCGCUGUGCGAGCUGGACCACCUCACCGACCAAGGUGGCACGGCACCUUGGCUUCUUCCUCUUCGAGCAGUUGGCCCUCUUCGUGUCCGCCGUCGUGAGUGUGGAGGGCAGCAAAGGUCAGCGGGCCACCAGUGCGACGCUUCUCAACCAGGCGAUGAGCUUCGCCGCCGUGGCCGGACUGACGAUGUCUGGCGCCAUGCAGACUGGCACUUUUCGAAACGACUUGGAGAGUUGGGUCAAGGAGGCCUUGCAAAUCUUGGCACUGUCUGUGUCGGUCGCCGAAGGGCAGGGAACUGGCAGCGACAUGUCCGACCAGUGCCUCCUAGAGGUCUUCGGUGUGGAGAAGAGCCUCCACCACGCGCAUCUUCUCACGUCCCUCUGGCCCGCCCUGCUUGUGGCGGGCCUCGGCUGUUUCAAGGGCGGCUGGCUGGCGGUGGUCGUCGGCUGCAACGUGUUUCUACCGGCCUUCGUCGCCGGCUUCGGGAAGUACCUUGUGGCUUUCCGCCUACGGCCGGAGCAUCUUCCUGGCGGCGAACUGCAUCUCGACUUCUUGCCCCCGGGGCCACAGAUGACUUCACUCAUUCCGCAGCGCUUCGCAGCAGUGGCAUUGGCCAUCCUGAGUCUCAUGAUGAUGAGCGUGGGCAGUUGGAUCUAUGCCGUCCGGACCCGAACACCGGAGCUGCAGCCUCACGUUGCCUACCUCUUGCAAGCUUACCGGCAAGAGUGUGCAGCAUGGGAGGUAGAGCGGCUCGUGCGCAAGGUGCUUCUGGCCCUGAUCACCGCGGUGCUUCCGGUGACUCUGUCCCCCGCCCUGCAGAUGGAAGCCGUGACCCUGGUGCUCACGGGGUCUCUCGUGGCUCACCUGUGCUUCUGGCCCUACAAAGAAGAUGCGUGGAACCGGGUUGAGGUCGGCCUCCUCAUCGUUGGCCUCACCAUCACUGGCCUGACGACGUGCUUGAUCGCUAACGACCUUCACUGGGCGACGUCUACGACGACGCAGCGGGCCAUGGUACUUCUGAUCUGCUGCCUUGCCGGAGGAAUUUGCGCGAUCAUGAUGCUGUCCUUCUUGCUGGCCUGCAUCGAUGAGCGACGUGGGCAGAGCAGAGAUCUCACAGGCGGUGUAAGUGAGGAGUUCUUGCUGCCCCAGAACAUCCAGAAGGAAGGCGACGAUGUCUGCCUUGUGGGCGCCUCGCCUGCUUUGGGCAAUUGGGACCCGAGCCGCGCACUGCAGCUCAACACAGGUCCCAGCCUCUGGCCGCGUUGGGCCAAGGAGGUUGCUCUUGCCCAGGGCACAGAGUGCAAGCUGAUCAUCAGAAGACGAGGUGGGCAGGUGGAGUGGGAGGGACUGACUGGCAACCGAAGCUGGCCCGCAGCGGCCCCUGCGUCGACGGUGUCUAUGAAGUUUGGCGUACCGGCCAUAAGCUUCGACCCUGUCAAAGCGCCCGCAGAGCCUACGAAGCUUCCGCAGCCUCCUGCUGUCGCACUUCCGCAGCCAAAGGUGGCAGGCCCGGCAGGCUACCGGCUCGCGAAUGCACCUGCCUCACCGGUGCCUGCGUCUCCUUCAGGGUCCUCCAGGAGUGGCAGGACGCCCAAAGCCCACAAAGAUCUGCGGCAAAAGUUCAUCCUCGACAUGCACGACGGGUACGAGCAAAACAUCGAAGAACGCUUCGAUUUAGACCCGAAGGCCAAGCUAGGCGAUGGGGCUUUCAGCGUGGUGACUCGAGCCACCAACCGAGCCACUGGGGCCGUGAGGGCCGUGAAGUCCGUGCUGAAGUCCAGGGUUCAGAAAGUGGAAGCCCUGAAAAAUGAGAUCGAUUUGGCACGCGACAUGGACCAUCCCAACAUUGUCCGGCUCUAUGGGAUCUACGAAGACCCUCGGCAUGUGUACCUUGUCAUGGAGCUGUGCCAGGGUGGUGAGCUCUUCGACCGCUUGUCCGAGGUCUACUCUUUGGGGGAGAAGGGCUCGCGGGCCUGCAUGAGGCAGGUGUUUGCCUCCGUGGCCUACUGCCACUCCAAGGGCAUCGUGCACCGGGACCUGAAGCCCGAGAAUUAUCUCCUCUACGACAAAGACAAGCCGCUGGACCAGACUCUGCUUAAACUCAUUGAUUUCGGGCUGGCGAAGCCCUUGCCUGAGGCUGGCUGUUUGAGGACACGAGUGGGCACGGCCUAUUACGUCGCACCGGAGGUGCUCGCGCAGGCUUACACGGAAGCUGCAGAUGUCUGGAGCAGCGGCGUUAUCAUGUACAUCAUGCUUUGUGGCGCUCCUCCCUUCAACGCAGACAAGGACUUCGACAUCCUCAGACUUGUGAAGAAGGGCCAGUACAGCAUGGAGAGCGGGGUCUGGCAGACUGUGAGCACGACGGCCAAGAGCCUCAUAAAGGCUUGCCUGGAGAUGGAUCCCAAGAAGCGCAUCACUGCUCAAGAUGCCUUGAGCCACGAGUGGUUCCACCGGGACGAAGUCGACGGUGCACCGUUGGACUCCUCCGUCCUUCGCAAUCUGCGGGCUUUCAGCAGCGCGAACCGCUUCCGCAAGGCUGCGUUGACCGCGGUGGCUUACCAGUUGGGCGAGGACGAGCAGAAGGAGCUCCGUGAAAUCUUCAUGAGGCUUGAUACCAACGGCGACGGGUAUUUGAGCCUGGAGGAGAUCAGGCACGGGCUCCAACAGCAGAUGGAGAUUUCGGACCUUGAGCAAGUUCUCCAAGAAGUGGACUCAAACGGGGACGGCCGAAUCGAGUACACGGAGUUCCUGGCCGCAGCCAUGGACCAGAGGCUUCAACGGAACGAGACCUCGUGCUGGCGUGCAUUCAAGACGUUUGACAAGGACGGGGACGGAAAGAUCACCUACGCAGAGCUGCAGCAAGUGCUGGAGGACGACGAGCUGCUUACGGAGGUUCCUGACUGCGAGGACGCUCGCUUCUACUUCGACAAGAUGGAUGCCAACGGCGAUGGCGAGGUGAGCUUCGAGGAGUUUAUGGCCAUGCUGCAUCCAAAGGAUACAAGGAAAAUGAGCAAGAACAGAAGUUUACACGAGCUUGCGGAGCAAGCCUUCAAGGAGACGGAGGGCCCCCCGAAAGCAUCCUCUUGCCUCUUGCGGCGGCUCCAUCGCAGGUGUGCCCUCCUCGGGCAGAUGCGAAGAGGUCCUUCGCAGAACUUCGAGACGCCCCCGAAGCGAAGACGCAGCCUGAAGGGUGCUGACACCGAGGCUCCGAAUGCCCUGAAGGCGGCAUGCGAGGCGCUGAGGAAGGAGUUCGCUGAGGACUACUUCCUUGCACCGGCCAAGACCAGGCUCCCGCCAGAUGAGAUUGUUCCCCGGCUCCUGAAAAUUGGUGGACAGGCAGAGGCCUGCCAGGAGGCCCUGGCCCAGGCAAAGAAGAAGAGCCACCAGCCGGCAAAAUCGGCUCUCGGACGCAACCUCCGGGAUGUCCUGCAGCAGGGUGGUGCAUGUGCUCAUGCCGUUGUGCGGAAAGAACGUGCUACUGGGGUCGCCAUCCCAGGUGUGAAUGCUUUGGUCACGGAGAACAAGGAGGAGUGGAUCAAGCGCCUCGAGAAGGGCUUCUCGCUUCUUUUCGAGGGGGUCGGCUCCAAGUAUCGGCUUCUGGAGAACUUUGCGCAGGUCCUCUCCAAAUCUGGGAUACCCAUCGCCAUCUUCCAUGCCUUUGACAAGGGUAGCUCCCUGGCUGCUUUCCUGCGAGAGCUCUUGGAGCAACACGGCUGGAAAGGAGCCGGCUCACUGCCCCGCCUUUGCAGCGCUUUGCUGACUGUGAGGGCCAGGCGGUCGGCCGCCGAGAAACACCCGUUGGUGCUCGUCAUCCACAACCUGGAGGCGUCCUUGCGCGAUGCGCAGCACCUUUCUGAGCGCGUCGCUGGGAGGUCCUUCCGGCACCACAUCUUAGCGCUCUCGCAUCCCUUGUGUCUACAAAGGCUUGGUGUGACUGGGUGCAUCCUCCUUUCACUGCUCUCCUUGUCACGAGCGCAUCUUCGCAUGGCGUCGGAGCGGCUUCCAAGCCUGGCAGGAGAUUUGGCUGGUUGCCUCGGCAGUGGCCCCAUCAAUAAUGCUGUUGUUGGCGUCUUCGCCAAUGUUAUGACCCUGUGGAGUGCCGAGGUCGACAACAUCUUUGCCGAUGCAGCCUUCAACAUGGAUCCCUACGCUGCCAUGGACUUCAGUUUCUCCUACGAAGAGGUGCACACCCGUGACAGCUACUACACCGUGGAACUGAAGGGCCGGUAUCCGGACGGGCUGCCCUCGUGCACGCACCCACUGGCUACGAAGAAGCAGACAAAGGCGAGUCUUGGGCUCGUCUUGCGCUGCUUGACGCAGAAUCAGAAGGAGCUGGUGCAGGCAACGGCCGAACCGUUUGAGAAGCUGCAAACCCGAAAGCCAAAGUCGCACGAUUGGCAUCUUACAAGCCCAGUUGCUCAGUUCAACUGCUGA